AUGUCGCACUCCAUCAUCUCUCCAGCCAUCCUCUAUUGGGGCACUCCCGUUGUCCUCGUCUCUUCCGAGAACGAAGAUGGAUCUGAAAAUAUCUGUGCCAUCUCAUCUGCAUUUUGGCUUGGGCACCGUUGCCUCCUUGGAUUUGGAGCUGAAAGCAAGACGCCGCAAAACAUUCUCCGAACUGGCCAAUGCGUCGUCAAUCUCCCCGACGACAGCAUGGCCCGUCAUGUCAACCUUCUGGCCGAUACAACUGGCUCUGAAAAUGUUUCCGAGUCAAAGAAGGACAGAGGAUACCGCUAUGUCAAGGACAAAUGGACUUGUGCGGAGCUUACACCUCAGAAAUCUGAUCUUGUUCGCCCGCGCAGGAUUUUGGAGUGUCCUGUGCAGAUGGAAUGCGAAUUAGCUGAGGCUCAUCAGGUAAUGAAGGAUUUUCCUGACCUCAAGGGCGUCAUCGUCGCUAUUGAGCUGAAAGUACUUCGGACUCAUGUUCUGGACUCUAUUCGGAUGCCGGGACACCCUAACCGUGUUGAUCCCGAUAAAUGGAGGCCCAUGAUUAUGUCUUUCCAGGAACUAUAUGGCCUGGGGGGAGGAAAACUGGCCAAGAGCACUUUGGGCAAGGUCCACGAAGAAAAGUAUCGGCGACUUACGCGAAGUGACGUGGUUAAAUUGCCAGGAGAUGAAGAUAAGGAAGCUGUGGAAGAGGCAUAUUCGCAUGCAAAUGAGGGACUUGAGAAUGGAAAUUAG